AUGGAAGAAGUCGAGCAGACACUGCACCGACGCACUCACCUCAAUCCCUCAGAUCCUUACCUGCUGACUACCCGUGCUCACAUGAUGUUAAUGACAAUUCUGUGUAUACUCGUUGUUGAUUUUCCAGUGUUUCCCUCUAUUCUAGAAAAGUGUGAGACGUAUGGUGUUUCUCUAAUGGAUAUCGGCGUUGGCUCCUUUGUGUUCUCUCAAGGCGUGGUGUCUGUGAUUCCAAUCAUCAAAGACAUGUCCUACCUCCAGGCUCCGAUCCUUCCUAAACUGAAGUCCGUCUCCCGUAACAUGAUACCCAUCAUUGUGUUAGGCAUUCUCCGUGUCGUGCUCACGAAAGGCACUGAACAUGUGACAGAGUACGGUGUACACUGGAACUUCUUCCUCACGCUUGCGCUUUUGCCUAUCAUCGAGGUCUUGUUGCAUCCUAUCAUCUUGCGUAUCCCGUUGCUCUGCUGGGUCUUUGGAUUGGAUUUCUGCAUCAACUCGCACUGUCACAUCUGGAGGAAUGAAGGACUUUUUACUCAACGCUUCACGGAGCAACAUUAUUUUUGCGAACAAAGAGGGCUUGCUGUCCUUACUGGAUAUAACUCAUUACUCUUGUAG